AGAAUGGUACUGGGCUUCUUGUUCAGCUGCUUAUAGAUAAAAAACCGACACACACCACAAUGUAUAGUCCAGUUUGGCUCGAUCGACGGUGUGGUUCCGCCGCUGCUCUGCCGUUCGGGUAUCCCCUUUGUCACACUCCGCAUCAUUUUCAGUAGCUUGAAGGUACAUUAAGAUAAUACUCUUGAAGAGCUAUUGAGGGGGUAGUCUAGCUAGCUAUAUUAAUGGAGCGUCAGGGUCAUGAUUAUGCAGCAUCUGCGAUGGCAUAUGCUCAGCAACAGAGACAGGCUGCUAAUAUGCAACAGUCACAGCAGUUUGGAUUUCAUCCCCAGCAUCAGCAGUUUCCUUCAUCAAUGCACGGCCCUCCAUUUAUACCCCCAGGUGCAGGUCCUGCACAUCCUCCAAUGCAACAGUUCCCUUAUCAUCAUGCUCUGCAGCAGCAACAGCAACAGCCACUUCCACAGUUACACCCUCAUGCCCCACCUCCACCUCCUCAUCUUCUUCUUCAGCAGCAGCACCAAGCACCUCCUGCAUUCCCUCCACAUUAUCCUCCUCCCCUUGUUCCAUCUCCGUAUUAUGAUUCUGCUCCCCCCCCUGCUGCUCCCCCUUCUGAUCCUGAGCUUCACAAGAGAAUCGACAAGCUUGUUGAGUAUUCUGUGAAAAAUGGCCCUGACUUUGAAGCCAUGAUAUGUGAAAAACAGCGGGAUAAUCCUUCCUAUAGUUUCCUCUUUGGUGGGGAGGGACAUGGUUAUUACCGAUAUAAGCUUUGGUUAUCAACUCGUCCCGCUGGUGGUCCAUUCAACGCACCUUUUCCAUCAUCUUCCAUGGCCAUGAUGCAUCCUCCUCCAAAUCCAAUGAUGAACCCAUCUCCUCUAAAUGCGUCUCCUAUGAAUCCUGCUGGAAUUGGUUCCUCACCUUCAAUGCUAGGUCCACCUCCCUUCCAACAGUUCUAUGAUCAACAACACCACCAUCAACAUCCUCAGUCUUUUGGACUUCAUGGUAGAACUGAGUAUGAUCAGUCAUCCAAGUCUUUCAAAGGGUUCUCUGGACCACUUCCAUCUGAUGUUGCGAUGGAGCUCAGUAAUGUUCUUAACAAUCUAAAUGGAACCAAAGAAUCCAUUAAAGGUGCAAAACUUUGGUUCAUGCAGAGAUCUCCAUUCGCACCAGCCUUGGCAGAGGCUCUUAGAGAUAGGGUCUUUGCUUUGGAUGAAGUUGAGAGACAGUUACAUAUAAUAUACCUGGCCAAUGACAUCCUUUUUGACAGCUUAAAUCGGAGGACAAGCGGUCAUGACCUUGAUGGUGAAGCCCUUGCCUUUAAGCCUGUUUUAGGCUCCAUGCUUGCAAGAAUUUAUCAUAACCCACAAAGCAAUGAGGAAUACAGGAAAAGAUUGCAUCAAAUGGUGGAGUUCUGGGCUUCUAAAGAGGUAUACGAUCAAGAGACUAUAACUUCACUGAAGAGUGAGAUGGUUGGUGGGCCACAAACAAAUUCUUUUACUGGGGUUUCAAAGGAUCUAUCAUCUGCUUCAGCAGAAUCUGGUGCAGGAAUGUUACAGACACCAAAUCAUAUUGCCCAGCAGUGGCAAGCUGAUAGGUUAGGCUCCGGUUCGAGUCUCUUAGAUCAAGAUCGUCCUGAUAAACAUGCACCUCCAACGCCCCUAGCAGCUCAGCAAUUCCUUCCAAAUUCUGCUCCUCCCAGUGCCUUUCCUGGGUCCUUGGCUAUACCAUCUUCUGUUCAACCAGCUAACCAACCACCUGGUGCACAUAUAUUGCCACCUCCAUCAUCUGGCACCAGCGAACAAUUGCCACCAUAUCCAUUAUUCCCACCUGGCCUCAUUCCAGGAAUGGUUAGAAAGAUGCAGGUUGGUAGUGGGGUCCCAUAUUCACCUUUGAGCCCUUUGGAUAUCCCAACUAUGAUACCACCAUCAACUGUACCGCCUUCAGAAAUUCUUCAAAGAGUGUCAAAAUUUUUUAAAGAAAUUGGAGAGGUAAAUCCUUCUGAGGGCCCUAUGAAUUCUGAUUCAAGAGAUGAUGAUGAUGAAUAUGAUAGGGAGUAUGAGAGGGAGCCUCCAGUACGAAAGGGAGGUGCUUGCAUACCUCCACCCCCGAACUUGCAAAUCGAUCCAGAGACAGGGACCUAUGCUGAUGGUAGUGUAGAACGGAAACCUGGAUCCAGUGGCUCGGGCAGGUUGGGACUUGGAGCCACAGCCAAUCCCAAUGAGGUGAGUCAGUAUGAUGAUGUAUAUACAUCUUACAGGAAGCAGAGAAGCACCACUUACCAUUCAUCGAUGAGUGCCAGAGCGGCAGCUAGAUGAAAGCCCCCAACUACAUUAUCAUCCAAAAUUUCUGAUUGCUGGGUGUUAAACUAUUUAGUUUUGUCUUCCUUAAUGUUUCUUUGAAAGCCCCUAAUUACAUUAGAAUCCAAUGUGCUUUGUCAUCUGGUUUCAUGGAUGAUUGAUGUAUCUUUCCUCGACCGAAACUGAAUAUCCCACAAACUUCAAGGCACACAUGUUAGUGGGAUGAAAAAUGAAUGAUAAUCUCAUUUCUUCCAAAUUCAACCCCUUUCUUAGCCAAAGUUUGAUUUUGGUGUAUGGUUUAACGGGGUCUUUUGUCCCUGUAACUCUAUCCUUUAUUUAUUUUUUGAAUAUUUAAUUUAGUAAUUCGUCCUUAUCUUUUAAAUUUGAGUCCUUUUUACAAG